UCUCUGCUGGUGUUAAAGUGCGGACGCUCCUUUACACUCUUACAACGACCUUGUUUCCUAUUAAAUGGCGUUUAAAAUCACUUCCAGAUUGUCCAAAUUAAGUCCCCGGUUUAUGUCCUGGCAGACCGAGGGUAGUUCGUUAAACUGCAAGGGAUUAACGGUGGAACAUGACCGGCACAACCUGCGCUUCACCGUCAGACCAGGCAGCGGGGCAGAGGCCGGUGAAGCCGCCGUGCUGCGGUACCAGUUCACCGGGGACAAAGAGGUGGACCUGAUGUCCACGUUUGUACCCGAGUCGUUCCGAGGUCGAGGAGUCGCGGCGCUGCUUUCCCAGGCCGCCAUCGACUUCGUGGUCCAGGAGAACCUGAAGGCCCGGGUUUCCUGCUGGUACAUCCAGAAAUACAUGGAGGAAAACCCGGACCAGCAGCGCCAGGACCGGAUCAUCCCCUGACGGCCUCCGGACGUUUAAAGACAACAUCAAGAAAUAUUUAAUUUAAUGCAAUUCACUUUAAUGUGACGCUAAUUUACAAGAAGAUUCAGACUAGAGCAUUUUAAAAAGAAGAAAAUACGUUUAUUAAGCUAGAAAAAUCAUUAUUUUUAUACAGAAUCAUACUUUUGUAAUCUGUCAUCGAUCAUUUCACUGUUUUUUCCCCUGAAAUUCAUUAAAAUGUCUUGAAAGUGGAGCAUCGGGGAAUCUGACCUGGUGCAUUCUGGGAAAAUAGUCCACAUUGCAAGUGCUGAACCCAAAACGAUGCAGUCAGAUAAGAAACAGUGAAAGCAAAAGAAGAUUGUGAAAGUCUUGUAAUUCCCCAGAGCCGGUUGUGCACAGAUCCAGGUCUGGAUCCAGACCCUGCAAGAAUCUAAUUUCGUGUAUUUGUGGUAGAUUUCUGAGAGAAUACUUGAAUUAGUUUUGGUUGUGGUGGUUUUGCCAGGAUCAGGUCUUGACUGACGGUUCAGAGUCCUGGAGUCCUGCAGUCCUGCAGUCUUGGAGUCCUGCUUCAAACCCCAAAGGACCUGAAACUCUCGGUUCAGCUGCACAGAAAACCUGGUCCCAGACAUGUGAUGUUGGAUCUCUACGAUGAUAACCGGUCUGGGUCCUGGUCUUAGGGUUGCCACCUUUCAGAAAUAGA